AGUUGCAAUUGGAGCAGGUUACUGUUGAGAGGCCUAUUUCAAAAAUAAAGGACCUAAGAGAGCAUUUCAUUUCCGCGCCCACAACAAAUAAAAAAAGCACUCUUUCCCCAUCGUCACUCGUUCACAACCUUUUUAAUUUUUAAUUUUUGAAAAAGAGAAAGUUCCCAAGUGUAGGAAAAGCCUGCACAGUGGGAGUUGAGUUGCACCCACAAUGGAGGAAGAAGAAGACCAACAGAAGCUUCCAGAUCUGGUGAAAGAACUAGUUCACCGCUUACUCUCUCAGAACCUACCCCCAAAUUCCCCACCUCCAAACCCUAACUCCCCCGAAUUCCAAAACUCCCUCCGCUACGCCCUCCGCAUCCUCUCCAGCCGCCUCACCCCCUCCGUCGCCCCCGACGCCGCCGCCAUCGCCGACUCCAUCAAGCGCCGCCUCGCUACCCAAGGCCGCUCCGCCGAAGCUCUCUCCUUCGCCGACCUAUACACCAAAUUCGCCUCCAAAGCCAAAAGCGUUAACAACAAAUGGGCCGUUAUCUACCUCCUCAAAAUCAUUUCCCAGGAUCGCCACAACACCACCACCACCACCAACCACCACUUCCAUUCCCCUCUUCUCUUGCCCAAUCUCGCUUUCUCCGACACCGCCAAGGGCUGGAACAACGGUGUUUUAUUGGUUUCCAAGGAUCCCGAGAAUCGCCGCGACAUUGCGUUUCGCGAGUUCGUUAAUUUGGUUAAGGAGGAGAAUGAGGUCUCCGAGGAGGUUUUGGUUAGGGAUGUGCUCUAUGCUUGUCAAGGAGUUGACGGCAGGUAUGUGAAAUUUGAGAGCGGGAAUAGUUGUUAUGCGUUGUUGGAUUCGAUUAGGGUUCCUAGAGCUACUAGGAGUAUGGUUCAUAAGCUUUGUGAAUUGGGGUCUUUAUUUAAGAAGGUUACUGGGUACAUAUGGCAGAGUAUGGAUAGGUUUCCUGCGGAAGAUGUGGGGACUGUGGGGCAAGCUUUUUGUUCUGCUUUGCAGGAUGAGCUUAGUGAGUAUUACAAGUUGUUGGCAGUGCUUGAGGCUCAGUCUUCGAACCCGAUUCCUUUGGUUUCGGAAUCCGCGAGUUCUGGGAAUUAUCUUUCCUUGAGGAGAUUAGCUGUCUGGCUUGCGGAGCCGAUGGUGAAGAUGAGGUUGAUGGCUGAUUUGGUUGAUAAGUGCAGGGUGUUGCAUGGCGGGGCAAUGGCUGGUGCGAUUCAUUUGCAUGCUCAACAUGGGGAUCCGCUGGUUCAUGAGUUCAUGAGGAGGUUGUUGCAGCGUGUGUGUUCUUCGCUGUUUGAAAUGGUCAGGAGGUGGGUAUUGGAAGGGGAGUUGGAGGAUAUCUUUAAUGAGUUUUUCAUUGUCGGUCAGCCUGUGAAAGCUGAGUCUCUUUGGAGAGAAGGGUAUAGGCUGCAUGAUGCCAUGCUUCCUUUGUUCAUUUCGCCUUCUCUUGCGCAGAGGAUCUUGAGGACUGGCAAGUCCAUUAAUUUUCUGCGUGUGUGUUGCGAGGACCGCGGUUGGGCUGAUGCUGCAACUGAGGCUGCAACUGAUACUGGGGCAGCUGCGAGAAGAGGUGGUUUUGGAUAUGGUGAAACUGAUACCCUUGAGUCCCUGGUGGAUGAAGCUUCAAAGAGGAUUGACAAGCAUCUAUUGGAUGUGAUUUUCAGGAGGUACAAGUUCAAAGAACACUGCCUAGCAAUUAAGCGGUAUUUGUUGCUUGGCCAAGGUGAUUUUGUGCAGUAUCUAAUGGACAUUGUUGGGCCUGAACUUUCUGAGCCAGCUAAUACUAUAAGCUCCUUCAAACUUUCGGGAUUGCUGGAAACUGCAAUAAGGGCAUCCAAUGCUCAGUAUGAUGAUCCUGACAUUUUGGAUAGGCUCAGGGUUAAAAUGAUGCCGCAUGAAAGUGGUGAUAGGGGUUGGGAUGUAUUUUCACUGGAAUAUGAUGCAAGAGUUCCACUGGAUACUGUGUUCACGGAGUCUGUGAUGGCAAGGUAUUUGAGAAUUUUUAACUUUCUGUGGAAGCUUAGAAGAGUGGAACAUGCGCUUACCGGUGCCUGGAAGACCAUGAAACCAAAUUGCAUUACUUCUAAUUCCUUUACCAGAUUGCAACAUGCAGUAAAGAUGCAGUUAGUUUCAACAUUGAGGCGCUGCCAGGUUCUUUGGGUUGAAAUUAAUCACUUCAUUUCCAACUUGCAAUAUUAUAUAAUGUUUGAAGUCUUGGAGAUAUCAUGGUCAAACUUUUUAAGUGAGAUGGAAGUAGCCAAGGAUCUUGAUGAUCUACUUGCAGCUCAUGAGAAAUAUCUGCAUUCCAUUGUGGAGAAGUCUCUCCUGGGAGAGCUAUCCCAGUCCCUUUAUAAGUCACUAUUUGUAAUUUUUGAUCUUAUAUUACGUUUUCGGAGCCGCGCAGAUCGGCUGUAUGAAGGUAUUCAUGAGUUGCAAGCAAGAAUCACAGAAUCCUCCCAAUCCUCUCGAGACCAGAAUAAAUCACGAAAGCAAGUGAAUGAUAAGUCUGUAGAACAAGGAUCCUGGAUUGCUGAGGGGAGGAAAGCCCUAACACAACGAGCUGGGGAAUUUCUUCGAAAUAUGGGACAAGAUCUGGAUGCAAUUGCAAAGGAGUAUUCAUCGUUGCAAGAGGAUUUCAUUUCUCAGUUGCCUGUACAGCAACAUGUUGAUCUGAAGUUUCUCUUUUUCCGUCUUGACUUCAACGAAUUUUAUAGGCGGUUGUGUCCUAGCGUAUAGGAAAUUUGUGAAUAAGGCUGAGGAUCCGGUUGAAGCACUGUCUUUACUAGAAGACAAGGCAUUAAAAGCUUUGCAACUAGCUAACUUCCAUUGUGUGUUUGAGUGGAACUAUUCUAUUGGUGCUAACUUCCUUUGGACCAACCAUUCCAUGGGUCAUUAGUUGACUAUAGGUAUGUUGGAUAUCUUGACUUUCUCAAUUUCUUUUACCUUGUGUUUCCUAUGAAGAAUGUUACCUUCUUCUCUCCAGGUCACUUUUUUUAUUUGCAAGGUUGUUUGUGCGGAUGUGAAGCUAUUGAUAUUCAAUUGGAUGCACGGUGUGAGUAGUACACACGUAAGUAUCUGAAUAUCUAAUGACCUAGUGUUUUCAGCAGGCAACUUCUGCAAGCUGUGCUUUAGGAGAUUGUUCAUCUGUAUCCUAGAUUUUGUAUUGGUUGAAUGAAAAUGGGUGUCUGAAAAUCUAGUUUCUUCAUUCCUGUGUAUUUCUUCUGGUUUACUAUCUCUUCCCACUCCGCAGAUUGCUUGAAUUUUUGCUUUGUGGCAGUAAAAGUAAAGCCACUGGCAAAUCAAGUAUCAAGAUGCUUGCCAUGCAAUUCAAUUAAUUUUAUAUACACAUCUAAGG